ACACUACAAAAAAAAGUCAAUAACAUAACCUUCACGUACAAAAAAAGAAAGAUGUGAAAAGGAGGUCUCAAAUUGUGGUCAAAUGAUUUUUUCAACAAUCCAUAAAAGUGCAGUAUUUUGUUAUGUAUGAAAAGCCAUUCCAGGUUUCUAUUCCCCUAAUAAAUGGGAUUACAGUUACACUUCGAAAAUAAAACAAAGAGCAGAAGUAUUUCAAAUAAAAAAAAGUAGGUUGGCUGACACUUUGAGUAAAGGUGAAUUCAGAAGUCACGUGACCAGGCGCUGCCUACCGCUGAGAGCUGCUGGAGUCUGAACGAGUCAGAUGAGUGUUGGACGGUGCAGGUGGAGCAUGGAGCAGGGAGCGUCGAGCAGGAUACAAACAACAGAACAGUUUCUGAUGUAGAUCCUCAUUGUCUCAACUCAUGAGGUGGGCCCAAUUAAGAUGAUCUCCUCCAGCAUCCCUCACCAGUAGCUGUGCAGCAUGGCUUCUGCUCCUCCAUCCAGAGAAGACACCAGCAGAUCAUUAGCCCUGCGCUGGAGGCUAACGCCGACAUAGAUACUCGCCGACUUCAAACUGAGCCGAGCCGCACUCUGCAGGCCUGGUUACACAUUGUGUGAACUGCCUUUUAGAGGAUGACUUGUACCAUAGCGGCAUAUGUCUAGGAAGGCAACAUCAGCACAGUGUAGCAACAUCUGGACUGAGAGCGUGGACCAUGUUUUGUGUCUGAUCCGGUGCUUUGGUGGCAGAGCUGCACGGUGCAGCUCUUCCACACUUAGACACACCUGGACUCUGAGCCAUGUCUCUUCUCUUAGCUCUAAGCAUCGUCUGUGGAUUGAUGCUCCAUGUUUCAGUUAAUGCACUCGACACUCAAUACUGUGUCCCACGAAAGACUAUCCCCUACCAGAACGAGGUGAAGUUGUUCAGAGAAGAGGGGAUCUUCAACUACUCCACUAUGCUAAUGAGAGACGACCUGGGUGUGCUGCUGCUUGGGGCCAGAGAGGCUGUGUAUGCUCUGGACAUCAACAACAUUUCUGUCAGAAAGGCUGCGGUGUACUGGCGAGUUACAGAGGAGAAACAGCGGGAGUGCACAUACAAAGGAAAACAUGCUGAGGUGGAAUGCCGUAACUACAUUCGAACCCUGCACAGAGUCAAUGACACUACGAUGUAUGUGUGUGGCACGAAUGCUUUUAGCCCCACCUGUGAUUACAUGACGUUUGUUAAAGGACAGCUGAAGCUGGAGGGAAAGCAGGAGGAGGGAAAAGGGAAGUGUCCUUUUGAUCCCUUCCAGAGAUACUCCUCCCUCAUGGUCGGAAAUGACCUGUAUUCCGCUACAUCCAUCAACUUCUUGGGCUCUGAGCCGGUGGUUCUGCGCAGCUCGGACUUGGCUCUCCGCACUGAGUUUAAGAGCUCGUGGCUCAGUGAGCCAAACUUUGUCUACAUGGACUUUGUGGGGGAGAGCUUUAAUAGUCUUGAUGGUGAUGAUGACAAGGUGUACAUGUUCUUCAGUGAGAACGCCAUGGAGUACGACUUCUCCAGCAAAGUCACUGUGUCUCGAGUGGCCCGUGUCUGCAAGGGGGAUAUGGGCGGCCAGCGGACACUGCAGAGGAAAUGGACGUCGUUCCUGAAAGCCCGUCUGGAUUGUUCCCUCCCUGAACCCAGCCUGCCCCCCAUUGUCCAGGAUGUCUUCCUGCUGAAGAACGAGAACUGGAAGGAGAGCGUCUUCUACGCUGUCUUCACUCCGCAGUCGGGCUUGUCCGAGGUAUCUGCGGUAUGUGCAUAUAGUGUGUCUUCCAUUCGAGGUAUUUUCAAUGAGGGCAAGUUUAAGACACCUGUCGCUGUGGAGACAUCUCACGUGAAGUGGGUGAUGUACACUGGAGAGGUGCCAGUCCCCAGACCGGGAGCAUGCAUCGAUAGUGUGGCACGUAAAAUGGGCAUGAAUCGCUCUCUGGAUCUUCCUGACAAAACCCUCCAGUUCAUCAGGGACCGCCCCCUCAUGGACGAGGCUGUCCGACCGCAGACGGGGGGGCCGCUGCUGGUGAAGAGGGGAGCUUUGCUGACUCGGAUCGUAGUGGACAGUGUGUUGGCGCUGGACCAACAGAGAUAUGCAGUCAUGUUCAUUGGCACUGAAAACGGUUACAUCCAGAAGGCUGUCAACUACGCAGGAGAGAUGUUCAUCAUUGAGGAAAUUCAACUGUACGAAACCUCGGUGCCUAUCAGCACCCUGCGCCUCUCAUCCAGCAAGGGCCAACUGUAUGCAGGUUCAGAGUUUGGUGCCAUCCAGAUGCCGGUCAGUAACUGCAGCCGCUAUGAGACUUGUGUGGACUGCAUCCUGGCCCGGGACCCUUACUGUGCCUGGGACAUGCAAGAAGAGCAUUGCUGCUCAGUCGACAGUGUGUCCUACAUUGAAACUGCAAUACAGAGUCUGAAGGAGGGAGACCUCUCUCAAUGUUCUCCUCCAGAUCCAGUGGCAGCCGUGGACUUUACCCUGGUUCCAGGAAACAACAUCCAGCUGCCGUGCCAGCUCCACUCCAACUUGGCGCAGGUCGUGUGGCGAUUCGCUCACCAUACACUUCACUCCGACAACAAAUACUACAUAUUCAGCCGGGGCCUCCUCGUCUUGCAGGCCUCUGAAUCGGACGCGGGCCUGUACACAUGUGACUCAGUAGAGCUGAUCAAUGGGAGACAAUACAACCGGACUGUGGCGGUUUAUCAGUUGAAGCUCCAUUCUGAUGCAGGAGUGGGGGAGAGCUCUACUCCUAGCAAGGAGGUGACAGAUUCCUCACCCUCCAUUUACAAUGUGAUUACGGCUGCACCGGAGCCAAACUCGGGCAGGGAGGACCCGUUGACCCCGCAGAACCAAAGCGACACCAGCAAGGUGACUGGUUUAGAGGUGGCCCUGGCUCUGCUGUCACUGCUCUGUCUCUGCCUGAUGGUGGUCAUAUUUUGCAUCUGGAAUCAGGGACGUUUUGGAUGCUUCAAGUUUGCGAAGCGCCCAAGUGAAAGCGAGGUGAAAAGGCAGUCAGCCGAAUACAUGCACAUCCCCAGCAGAACUUCAGAGAUUAAGCUCCUGGAGCCUGAAUCUGGGAGACCUUGCAGUGCCAAUAAUAAUCACUCUGCUGUUGACUUCAAAGGCAACGGGGAGCACCACUUCAUACCUAUGGCCAACAUUUCAAGUCUGGACGGUCUGGGAUACAUAAAUGAUGAGUCAGAGAUUUGACUGCUGAAGUACAGAAAAUCAGUCCGAGGCCAACUGCCGUGCACUAAUUAUCUUCCUAUAGGUGUGAUGCUGUAGAAAAGGUUUCCACAUUAUAAAUUCUUUUAAUUGGUGUCCUGUUUCUCCUUGACAAUUUUCAAUACUGUCUAUUAUUUAUGUACUGGGCAGCUGAAGAGACUUUUCUGGAAUUUUUUUUUACAUAUGUAUUUUUUUGUAAAAUGUUCAUUUGUGAAUACACUGUAAUAUAUUGUGUACAGGUAAGCGCUUUUUUUCAACUAUUAUUUAUUUGUUCAGCAAUCUUAAUACCUGUGAUCUGAGUCUUGUAAAUUGGGUCAGUGAACAAGUAGCACACACUUAUACUUUAAAUUCCCAGGCAGAUAUGAUUUUAUGGACUGUUUACUCAGUCAAAGAGCAAACUACAUUAUUUGGCUGUGUUAAUGAUUGAUAGUCUGUCAUAGGUGAUACAGAGUGAACUCCAUACCUUAUCUUCCAUAACAAAAACCCAAGAUAAUUUCACUGCAGCAAAUGUUGUAUCAUCAUUGGGAUGUAGAAAUAUGGAUGUCAGUCUAUCAAUUACUUGCAUCAGAGACACAGCAUUUUGUUUUGGCAUCAAACUUUGGGAAAUGCAGCUGUUGUUGAUAAUACAAAAAAAAAACGUUAUUGUUUGUGUGUCUAGCUGUCAGUAAUGAUUACCCACUUCCUCACAGAGCUGAAAAAUAUUUCUGGAGCUGGACCGACACGCUUGUUGUCUUGGUGUUUCCAACAGAUACUCAUGUUGCGGGAUGAUAUGAACAAAAAAACACACACCUGACUUCACAGUUACCUCAGACCUGUUUGUUUUGUCGAAAAGGUCUGAGACCAAACUAAAUUACAGGAAAGUAGCAUGAGCGUACUCUGUGUUUUUCACACUCUGUCAUUAACAACAGCAGUCAGAGCCGCUUCAAACCAGUACUGUAAAAUAUGAAAGGGUUGAAGUAGGUCUCAACUAUUCAACAGAGCAGUUUAAGGAAGUUUUCAAAACAGAAUUAAAAGUAUAUUUUAAUCUUAUUAGGGUAUAAAUAAAUAAAAUAUUGCCAAGAUUGUUGCAUAGAUAUGCAACAAAAAGUGCUUAGAUUUCUUAGCAUGGGCAUAUUUACACUGGGGAAUAAAGGCAAGCAACUCACCAAAUAUUGUUUUCAGUUUCUUUAUUCUAAAAAAGAGAGAGAGCUUUUACAGAGUUGUUUUUAACUUUCAGAAGUCGCUAGCUGCCCUCUCCUGUUCUUCAGCCCUAGUUUCCUCCCAAGAUUUAAUGAGCUCUUACUUUUAGUUCAGGCUGUCUUGCCGUUACGGCUCACAGGCUUUUUUUAUUCUACACCGGUUUCUUUGAACAUUUCUGACUUGCAUUUCUGAAUAAAUCAAUACGACAGCAGAAUAUCUUCGCCAGGGUAAAAUAUUUUACACUGAGGACAUGGGGUACAGAAGUAAAAACACAGCAAAGGUGGGCAUUAACAGACCACACAUGGGUCCAUCAGCGGUGACGAGAACUGAGUAUCACUGAAGCCUGUUUUUGUAUUGUUUUGUUAUAAAGGGACAGUUCACCCUAAAAUCAAAAUGUAUAUUUUUCCUCUUCGGCCUGACAUCAUAUAGAGAUGUUAGCAUCAGUCCCAAUGUUAUGGGGCUAAAUGGCACUUGGCUUAUGGUGCUCAAAGCGCCAACAAAUUAAAAAAAACUCCACAGCAUGUAUCUUUUCAGAAAUCAUGAAGAGGUUAAAGUGAACCCACAAACUUUGCUGUGAGCAUUUUUCUUGUAGGAACGGUUUUCUUUCUACCUAACUACACCAACCAUCAAAAUCAGGCCCCAGAAACAAGCAUACAUUUACUCAUUAAUGUGAGGAUUGUGUUAAUUAUAGAACAAGAUGUAAACAUUAAUGGAGUCCUUGUCUGAGGUUAAACUCAGGAAAACAAGCAGUACACAAGCAUUAGCAUCGCGUGCAUGAAUAAAUAGAUGUUUAAUUUAUGAGAUAAUGCGGUUGUCGGCUGUAGUUAGGUUGAAAGAAAUUGUUCCAACAUGAAACUGCUCACAAGAUCUGUGGAUUAUCUUGAGUAACCGGGUCAUGAUUUCCAGAAAGAGACAUUGCUGUUGAGUUUUGAAUAUAAGCUCCACUAUAUUGGAGAGAAGCCAGACAUCUCUGCUGCUGAUAUCUCCAACCCUCAUAACGACAUAAAACAAUCUAGAUAAAUAGCAGAUAAGAGAACAAAUAUGUCUUUCUGAUUUUAGGGAGACCUGUACCUUUGAGUGUUUGAAGAGCCGAAGUCAUUAAAGGAAAGGUCCCAUGUCA